AUGAAGCCACUGUGCCUGAUCAUGGGCCUUUUGGCUCUUGAAGCAUGCUUCUUGCCCAGUGAAAGUCAAAGAGGUCCCAGGAGACAAUAUCCACCUUGGCUUCCUCCUCCUUCUCCUCCUCCUCCAAAUUUUCCUUUUGGUCCAGGAUUUGUCCCACCCCCUCCUCCACCUUUUGGCCCAGGGAGAAUUCCACCACCCUCUCCACCUUUUGGCCCAGGGAGAAUUCCACCACCCCUUCCACCACCUUAUGGCCCAGGGAGAAUUCCACCACCUCUGCCUGGAAUCCAUUAUGGCCCAGGUUAUCCAUAUCCACCUUUCCAACCAAGACCUUAUCCAACUGGAUCUCCAACUGGAUACCCUUCAACUUAUCCUCCCUUUACUCCUGAACCCCAAACACAAACUACUACAACAGACUCCACUACAACCACAACAGGCACCACUACCACCCAAACAAAGCCCACCACCCCCACAACUACCACUUCGACUCCCCAAAAGACAACUACCGCUUCGACUCCCAAAGAGACCACUACCGCUUCGACUCCCGAAGAGACCACUACCGCUUCGACUCCCGAAGAGACCACUACCGCUUCGACUCCCGAAGAGACCACUACCGCUUCGACUCCCCAAAACACAAGUCAGAAGAAGUUUCUAGAUAAAUUCCUUUCAAUUUUUGGAUGA